AUGACAACCCCCACAACCGCAACCGCCGCAAACACCGUGGAUCCCUGGGCGCUAAAUGAGGAUGGCAGCGCGCGCGACCCUGCGGCAUUUUGUACUGCGCUUCUAGGGGGUGAUGCGGAACGUCUGAAGGGCUUGGAGGCCCAGUUCCCCGAGUUCGUGAACCUGCUGCGAGGGGACGACCUGGGGGGUCUUCAGGACAUUUUGAAACGUGCGAUGCAGGCGGAGAGGGCGCGCAUGGAGCGCAUGGCUCAGCGGUGGCCAGAGCGGAGCAUCGACGCGCAGAGGGCGUCUGCACCGGUGCCCAGGGAUACCGUACAAGUGUACAAGCAGCUGGCGGAGGCUGGCCUCGAGUACGGACCUGCAUUCCGGCUGCUGCGUAACGUGCAUGUGCCGCUACAGCCCGACAACGCAUUCAAAGGAUCGCACCCAGAGCUUCUGAUUCCCACCGAAGCAAAUGCUGCGGUUGCGGUUACGAAUGCGCGGUUGCCUAAAUCGAUGUGCGCUUCUUCGGAGCGUAAAGGUGUGCACCUGUUUCGUAGUGCUGAGGAGGAGGACGAGGUCAAGACCUUCCUCCGAACAUACAGUUAGUCCGCUUCACAUAACCACCCUAACCACCAUCUACAUAAACGUAACCCCCGAGCCCCCACAAACACAUUCCAUCACCUCGUGGUUUCUACACACCCAUUCAUUGCUUUCCACAUACACACAUACCUACUUACAUACAUAACCACACCACACCACACCACACCAACGCCAACGUCAAGUGCCCUCUAAAUUGCGCUCUAAGGAACACACACAGAAUGCUUUGCACAGAAAAUCGAGCUAUGCCACGCAGCUACACGCGCACAGACACGCAGACAAAUGCACGUCCGACCACCUGCCGG